AUGAAAGUGACGGAAUCAAGAGAAGAACUUUUUAAGAAAUCCAUCGAAGAUCUCGAAGAUUCUUGCGAUUAUAACUUAUCCGCAUUAGCAGAAACAUUUUUAACACCGACAGAAAAAAAAUUUUUAUUAUGUGCCGAAAAAGGAGAUAUACCAACUUUGAGAAGCUUAUUGAUACAAUUCGAAGAUCGACCCGAUGAACUUAACAUUAAUUGCACGGAUUCGUUAAGAAGGUCAGCUUUGGUGACCGCCAUUGAAAAUGAAAAUAUGGAUUUGAUAAAAUUUUUAUUGAAAUCAAACAUAAAAGUUAAAGAUGCACUUCUUCAUGCUAUCAAAGAAGAAUUCGUCGAAGCCGUAGAAGUUUUAUUAGAAUGGGAAGAAAAAAUACACGUUGAUGGAGAACCAUACAGUUGGGAAGCAGUCGAUUCUGCAUCGGCAACUUUCACACCAGAUAUCACACCUCUUAUUUUGGCAGCUCAUACUAAUAAUUAUGAAAUAUUAAAAAUAUUACUCGACAGGGGUGCCACAUUACCAAGACCGCAUAACGUGAGGUGCGGAUGCGAUGAAUGUCUUGCAUCUUCCGAAGCAGAUUCGCUCAGGCAUUCGCAAGCUAGGAUCAAUGCAUACAAAGCAUUAAGUUCAUCAUCUUUGAUAUCAUUAUCGUCACGUGAUCCAUUACUAACAGCUUUCGAAUUGUCGUGGGAAUUGAAAAAUUUGAGUUAUUGCGAAGCUGAAUAUCGAUCGGAGUAUAAUGAAAUGAGACAAGCUACUCAAGAUUUUGCAACAGCUCUUUUAGACCAUGCAAGAACAUCAGGCGAAUUGGAAGUCAUGUUAAAUUAUAAUCCAAACGGUGAUAUUUGGGAACCUGGAGAAAGACACACGCUGGAAAGAUUAAAAUUGGCCAUUAAAUACAAACAGAAAAAGUUUGUUGCUCAUCCGAACGUUCAACAACUUUUAGCAUCGAUAUGGUACGAUGGUUUACCAGGUUUCCGUAGGAAAAGUACAGUGAGACAAAUAACUGACGUUCUCAAGUUGGCUUGCCUGUUUCCCUUUUACAGUUGCAUUUAUAUGAUAGCACCAAAUUCUAAAAUGGGUCUCUUCGUUAAAAAACCUUUCGUUAAAUUUAUUUUUCAUUCAUCAUCUUAUGCAUUCUUUCUACUCUUGUUAGGUUUGGCUUCUCAGAGAGCAGAAAACACAUUUUUAGAAUUGUUAGCCAUGGAAAUCGAAUGGUUACAUGACGUAUUAGCCGAAUGGAAAAGAAAAGAAAGAGGAUCGUGGCCUGGAGUGGUCGAAAGUGCUCUUUAUCUUUACAUUAUAAGUUUAAUAUAUAGCGAAGUGAGAGCACUUUGGACAAACGGUUUAAAAGAAUACAUGGCGGAUUUGUGGAACAUUGUAGAUUUCAUAACAAAUUGUUUUUAUCUCGUUUGGAUUGGUUUGAGAUUUACCGCCAUUUAUAUCGUCAUGAGAGAAUCGAAUUUAGGACUCGAUCCGUAUAUACCCCGAGAACAGUGGCAUCCGUUUGAUCCGAUGUUGUUAUCAGAAGGUGCAUUUGCCGGUGGAAUGAUAUUAAGUUUUUUAAAAUUGGUACACGUGUUCAGUGUGAAUCCUCAUCUCGGGCCGCUACAAAUAUCACUCGGAAGAAUGAUAAUAGACAUAUUGAAAUUUUUUUUUAUAUACAUGUUGGUACUCGUGGCUUUCGGUUGUGGUAUUAAUCAAUUACUAUGGUAUUAUUCGAAUUUGGAAAAGGUUAAAUGUUUCGGAGAGGAUGGAACGCUGGAACCUGAUUUCGAUAAUAAUGAAAAAGCUUGUACAGUUUGGAGAAGAUUCGCAAACCUUUUCGAAACAUCUCAAUCGUUAUUUUGGGCAUCUUUCGGUUUGGUUGAUUUAACAUCAUUCGAUUUAGUCGGUAUAAAUAGUUUUACGAGAUUUUGGAGUCUUUUACUUUUCGGUUGUUAUUCCGUCAUCAACAUAAUUGUUCUUUUAAACAUGUUGAUUGCCAUGAUGUCAAAUUCAUAUCAAAUCAUAUCGGAAAGAUCCGAUAUCGAAUGGAAAUUUGCUAGGAGUCAUUUAUGGAUGAGUUAUUUCGAUGAUGGGGACACACUACCGCCGCCAUUUAAUUUACUACCGACAAUGAAAACAUUAUUAAGAAUAUUUAAAACGGAAAAAAAUCUCACAGCGGAUUCUUUUAAGGUCAAAUCGAUGGACAAAGCUCGAAAACGUCACGAAUUGGUUAUGAACAAUUUAAUUGCACGAUACGUAACGGCUGAACAACGAAAGAGAUGCGAUUAUGGUAUAACGGAAGAUGACGUCAUAGAAAUAAGACAGGAUAUAUCGUCUUUAAGAUAUGAAUUAGUACAUAUAUUAAGAGCGAACGGAAUGAAAACGCCGGAAAUGAAUCCGGAUCAAAAUUUAGUGACCAAAAAGGGAAAAAUAAUGGAAAGACGGUUGGAGAAAGAUUUUAGAAUUGGAAUUGUCGAAGGAAUAAUUCAUGAAUUUUUAUCAUCCGAUAAAGAUUCGUUAGACAUAUUUGGUAAAAUAGCAAAAGUAUUUAAUAGAAAACGAAACAAAUCUAAAAAACAAGAUUGGAAUACCAUAGUCCGAAAAUCGAGUUAUCAGAAAAAUUUAAUCGGAUCCUCGGAAGAAAGAAGAGAAAGAUUGGCCAAACAAAGCGUUCGAAGGUACAUCAUCGAAAAACUUUCAAGUUCCGAAGCUUUGGAUCCUGAAAAACUUGUCCAAUAUAAUCCUCAACUUUUACAAAUGGCUCCGGCUGCUCGUAUUGCUUACACGAAAUUUAGCAGAAUUAAAAUAACUCGAGAAUUUGCAGAACAAGAAAAAAUAAUCAACGAAGAAAUUGAAGAAGAAAAACAUGCGGAAGAAUUGGUAAAAUUAACACAUUCUUCGACGGAAAGAAAGAAAGACGAAGAACAACCACCAAAUGAUACUACAGACUUUUCCAUAGUCAGACCGAGACCACAAUCCCGCUCAAAUUCAAAACUAAUGAAACUAAUAAGUAUACCAUCAAAAGAAGGUACAGAAACGAAAGAUUGCAUAAUUAAAAUGUCAGAAGAAGAUGAAAAUGAAACGAUCGUAACGGUCGAAAACGAAAUCAAACAAGAAAAAAAAACGUCAUCGAUUUCCAUACAAUCACCGCCAUCUUUAAAUGACGUAAUACCAACGGUGGUAUCAAUCGAAAGUCCGUUGAAAGAUGUUAAAAAAUUCGAACCCGUCGCCGCCAUAAUUCGUCAAAUGUCGAUCAAAUCUAUUACUACUUCGCCGGUUCAAAAAUCACCGCCGACGGAUGAAAUGACACCGCCGACACCGCCGAUUCCCAUAAUUAAAAAACCGGAAAUGAAAACUGAUGAAAAUGAGGAAAACAACAAGUUUACAAGUCUCGAUAUUAAGGGCAGUAGGUCACCGCUCGCUGAUUCAUCACGCGGACGAUCCAAAGUCACUGGAGAAAUCAUUUCCGGUUGGCUUUAA